UUAUCAACAUCAUCAAGGCUAGCUGAAAAAAAAAAAAAGAAAAAAAAAACUCAAUAAGGCUAGUUUUAUAAAAUUCUUUAGUUAGAUCUAGAUGCAAUGGGUUAGGAAAAUCUUGUCCGAUAGAAAUUAGAGAGGAAGAACAAGUUUAGGGGCCAAGGACUAGACUCGAGAAUUGCAGGAAAUUAAGGUCAGCUUCCAAAUUUCAUUAUCAUCAUCAUGGGUGAAAGAGCGAGCGAGCAAUUAGCAGAUGCAAUAGCAGAUCUUCUCAUGUACCCUCCGGAGGUUGAAGUACCAGAAAAUGAAAAUAUAUCUCGGGUGACAUGCUACUCCAUGCGCGCCCCCGGAGGAAAUAACGCAUGGUUUCGGCAGAAACCAAGUGAAGCAGUCUGUCAGGUCCCUAGUCCUGAAUUAGGUGAAGCUCCAAGAGCUGUUUUUAAUCAGUACUCGACAUCUUCAACACCUGAUAUCGGAGCUCUGGCCGUAAGUGCAGUGAUUGUUAAGUUAAGAAACGUGAUGCUGGUUUAAGCAAACUUGUUGAAAUUAUGGCGCCAUGUUUGUGAACAAGCAUGCAGUACCAUAUGGCCGUAAGGAUUAACGGUAGUCCCAGCGCCACAAAAGCCCUAGGUAAUAAUAUAUUACUAUAAUAUAAAUAGUUUGACUAACGGAUACCCAAUGAGCAAUCGUUAAGAGGGCUUUUAAGUGUUGGCUUGCGUAUAGUCACAUAUCAAGUAGGUGUGUUAAUAGUGUAGUCAUGUGAUUCUAUUUUGGAUUUUUUAUGUUGCAAGUAGAUUUUGUUAUGGUAUCUUAACAUUAUUGUCUUUCUUGCUGAAUAUACUA